AUGCGUGCUUUCAAGGCCUUACGGCGAUCUAUCAAGGGCGACAAGGAUAAGCAGCCUCAGCUUUCCGUCGCUCCAAAGUCGGCUGUUGCCAUUGUUCCACCCAAGAAGGUAAUCCGCGCUCUAUACGACUACGAGGCGAGAUCGAGCCAAGAACUCAGUUUCUCGCGUGGAGACUUCUUCCAUGUCAUAGGACGCGAGGACGACCAGGAUUGGUACGAGGCCUGCAAUCCCGCGUUACCCGACGCUCGCGGCCUAGUGCCUGUCGCAUUCUUCCAAGCCCUAGGUCGCACCGAGAGGGACAGCACGCAGUCCGAGAACUCGCAAGGGUCACCAAAGAACCCCGACCAUGACUCUGGAUACGCCGAGACGUCGACGACGACUGCUACAACCCCGGCACAGAGCCAGCGAAACUCCAAGUCGGGCGGCAAGUCCGGCGCCAUGGUUUACGGCAUCGUCAUGUAUGACUUCCAGGCCGAGCGCGCCGACGAGCUGCAGGCCCAGGCCGGCGAGGCCAUUAUCGUCAUCGCCCAGUCCAACCCAGAAUGGUUUGUCGCCAAGCCCAUCGGUAGGCUAGGCGGUCCCGGCCUGAUUCCCGUGUCCUUUAUCGAAAUUCGGGACAUGGCCUCCAACACGCCUGUGGUCGACCCGGAAAACGCCGUCCGGAGGGCUGGCAUCCCAAGAGUUGAAGAGUGGAAGAAGAUGGCUGCCGACUACAAGAAUAGCAGCAUUACGUUGGGCAAGUUCGAGGUCGGAGGCGGCCCGCAGUCUCUGGAGGCGGGCAUGGACCGCAUGAAUCUGCAGUCCGGUGACAACCGCACCAGCCAGAGCCAGAUGAAUGGCAAGCCAUCACCCCUACCUCUUCCGUCCCCGCAGCCACUCCAGCAGCAGCAAAGUCCCUACAGCCCGCAGAAGAGCAUGCAGAUGCAGCAGCAGCAACAACAACAACAGCAGCAGCAGCCGCCCGCACUCUCACCCAACGCUUCCGCCUCCAAGUUGUACGCCCCCAUCUCGGCCAGCAUACCACGCUAUUGCUUCGCCGAGGAGAAGUACUGGUUCGUCAUCGAGGCAGUCCUCGAGGACGGGCGCCAAUACGAACUUUCGCGAUACUACGAGGACUUUUAUGACUUCCAAAUCGCGCUGCUCACCGAGUUCCCCGCCGAGGCAGGCAACACUGGAGACCAGAAGCGUACCCUUCCUUACAUGCCAGGACCCGUUAAUUACGUCACCGAUGCUAUCACGGAAGGGCGUCUCCACAACCUGGAUGCCUACGUCAAGAAUCUGCUGGCCCAGCCCACCUACAUAUCCCGCUGCAACCUCGUCAGGCAGUUUUUUAACCCAAGGGAAGGCGACUAUGAGAUGGAUCCAUCCGGCCAAGACGAGUACAGGAUGUCGGGCGGCUCACAACGCUCGUCCAUGGACUCACCCAUGGAUGGCACCUCUCGCCAGUCCUCGCGGAACAACCUCAACGGUAACGGCAACGGAUACGGCGUCCAAGCAGCGCCAAGGAACCAACCGGGGAUGCUCCGCCAAACUUCAUCCAUCUCGCAACCAUCUCAGACUUCACUCUCGCCUGGCAUCACACAAGCUGGUGCCAUGAUGAAGGUGAAGCUGAGCUACAACGGUGACCUAAUUGCCAUCAGGGUUUCAUCCGACAUCCCUUACCGGGAACUGCACGACAAAAUCAGAGAGAGGCUGAGGAUCCAGCCGUCUGAGGAGAUUCAGCUAUCAUACAAGGACGAGGCGACAGGUGGCAAGUUGAGCAUGAUCAGCAAUAAGGAUCUCGAUCUCGCUCUUAGCCGCAACGAGAAGCUACUCCUAUUCGUGGAACUAGUCUGA